UGUCACCGGACUAUGAGACCUGGACCCCAGCUUUCUGUAGAGUGCAGGUUGCCGACGGGCAUUAUGGAUCUCUUGCCCAAAACCAAGUAUAACCAUUUGCGCAACGAGUCGGUCAGCUCGGUGGAAGAGGCUCUAGGCGCGGGGAUGCCCGUUUCAUCCAUGGAUAUCAUGCUGGCCGAGUCUUUGCCCAAUUCGUCCUCCUCCUCUUCUCUCGCCCCCAUGUUGCCCCUGGCUGAGCUGUCCUCUGAGUCGGAGGACAGCCCUACCACCCUAUGCUCCUUCUUCCCAAAAAUGGCCAAUCUGAAGCUCUCUAACCCGGCGAACUUACUAAACCUGCGCAGCUUCUCCUCCGGGGCAGGGAAGGACUCGGGCAGCCCGGGGGAGCUGGCCGACAUCAGUGACAGCCUCGACUUAGGGAGGACUUUUACUGUUUUCUCUCAGGAUAUGAACAAGCUGAGUUGCGGGAGGAAGUCCCGGGUGGAAGGAGGACAACUGGCUGGAGACGAGUGGACACGACAUGGCAGCUUCGUCAACAAGCCCACCCGGGGGUGGCUGCACCCGGAUGAGAAGGUGAUGGGUCCCGGAGUCUUCUACCUCGUCAGGAUAGACCUGUGUUUCAAUACAGCUCAGUUUAUCUUAAAAGAAGCCAUCAGCCUGGUGUGCGAUGCUGUCCCCGGGGCGAAGGGCGCUCUGCGGAGGAGAAAGACGGGAGGCCGCGCCCUCAACUCCAUCCUGGGGAAGUGUAACUUGAAGUUUGCCGGGAUGCCAAUCACCCUCACCGUAUCGACCAGCAGCCUCAACCUCAUGGCCUCCGACUGCAAGCAGAUCAUCGCAAAUCAUCACAUGCAGUCGAUAUCUUUCGCCUCCGGGGGAGAUCCGGACACAGCAGAAUAUGUAGCAUACGUUGCCAAAGAUCCAGUGAAUCAAAGAGCUUGCCAUAUAUUGGAGUGCCCUGAGGGUCUGGCCCAGGAUGUGAUCAGCACCAUUGGACAAGCCUUUGAACUCCGCUUCAAGCAAUACCUCAAAAAUCCUCCCAAAUUAGUGACUCCGCAUGACAGGAUGGCCGGGUUUGACGGUUCCGCGUGGGACGAGGAAGAGGAGGAGCUUCCAGACCACGCCUAUUACAACGAUUUUCCAGGCAAAGAGCCACCAAUCGGCGGGGUGGUGGACAUGAGAUUACGCGAGGGAGCGGCUCCUGCAGUACCAAGGCAAAGCCCUAACCACAUGGGUGCCACACUGCCAGUGGGACAGAUCACCGGGGCGGAGCAGGACCCACGGAAGCUACAACCACAGCGCUUCCCCGUACCCGGUGCCAAGCCCAUGAACAGGCCUGACCUCUUUGAUGACCCCUCCUACGUCAACGUCCAGAACCUGGAGAAGUCCCGGCAGCCUCAGCGAGGGGCCACCAACGGCCAGAGGGACAUCUUUGACAUGAAGCCAUUUGAGGAAGCCCUUCCUCCGGGCCAGGCCAUCGUCAGCAUGGAGGAGCAGUUGAAGCGGGAGCCGUGGUAUCAAGGGAAGAUGACCCGGAAGGAGGCCGAGAGGCUUCUAAGAGUCAACGGAGACUUCCUAGUUCGAGAGAGUACCACCACCCCGGGGCAGUACGUCCUGACCGGCCUCCAGAAUGGCCAGCCUAAGCACCUUCUGCUGGUGGAUCCAGAAGGAGUGGUUCGGACUAAGGACCACCGCUUCGAGAGCGUGAGUCACCUCAUCAGCUACCACAUGGACAAUCACUUACCGAUUAUCUCGGCCGGGAGCGAGCUGUGUCUUCAACAACCCGUGGAGCGGAGACAAUGAGGCCCCGUCGGCCACGGACAGCCGCGUUCUUUCUCCUUCUGACUCUCCAAUCACGGGUGUCGGCCAUCCUAAUCCUGUAUCUUGCUGCGAGCCCGUCGCCAUGGCGGGUGGCUCCCUUUUGUCACUUUCAGGGAAUCUUUAGGGGUCCUAAUGCACAAGUGGGGACAGCGAGACCCGGAAUAACCCCUUAAUCGCACUUAAGGGAGCGGACUGUACCCAUCAAGAUGGCGGACAAGCGGAUGGCCGCCCCCCUUACCCCCUCAGCACAAGACAGGCUCCGCUUCUCAUAGCACACGACGAUCUGUGGCGGCCGCGCUGCGAUACUGAUUUGUGCCUUCUAGAAUAUUUUGGUUUUUUUCUUUGAUUUUGUACAAUGCAUCCCAAUUAUGAAGAGGGGCGACCUCAAUGUUAACCCCUUCUCAGCCACACAUUAUAGACUUAUACGCCCUCUGUGUGGGAUUUCAGCGAAGAUUGGUUCUUGACCGAACGGCAAUAAUGAUUGUAGCCGGAGCUGCUGCAUGCUGGAAUUUCUUUUCCCCACCGUCGCCCCGGAUGCCAU